GUACUACGGAAGGAGAGGGCAGUAGGGUCGGGGUGGGGUGGGGCUCGAGGGUGGAACAUUUUGUGUCUUUUGCUUUUUUAUGUCGUUGAAGGGGCUGGGGGAUGUGUAAGAGUUCGUGCGAAGCUUCUGCUUCUUCUCUCCUUGGGCAUGUGCGUGGGCAAGGGCACCCAGGCAUUUUUGAUGCGGGGGAUCGAUCUGUCUGUGUGGGGGAAGGCUUGGGUGCUCCCCUUCCCCCCACUGGACCGUGUUGGUUGGAACUUUUGUGGUAAACCGUGUUGGUAGUCUUGACUCUGGAGACCAAGCCACAUAGAUCUAUAUGCUUAGUCUCUGUGUUGUAGAGUUGGUGGUGGGAGGAGGAGGCGGGGAUUUGAGACAGGACGAAGACGGUGGCUGCUGCGAGGUCAAGUUGCAUGCACCAAAGUCAGGAUGGCCCGUAGGAUGCCAAUUGCCAGAACAGCAGGAGCAGAUAUCCUCCAAGGUCUUCCAAGUUAGAUAUGAGCCAGUACUAGUAUCCGUAAGUAAACACCACUCGCCACAGCCCACGGCCCAAGGUCCAGAGCUCCUUCCCUCACGCGGGCUGGCCUGGCCUGGCCUGGCUGGCACCUGGCUGGGCGACGCGUCAAGUGUGAGCCGACAGCGUCACACAAGCAGCCAAAAAAGAAAAUGAACAAUGAGCACGGCUGCUCAGGCUGCUGCAGGAGGCGCCCCUUGUUAUCGUUGCACAAGGACGAAAAGUCGAGCCUGACCUGACUGACCUGCCUGACUCUGCACGACCUACCCUCCCCCCCUGUCCCCUCACCGCGGGAAGGUGAUGCUUCUUUCCUUCCCUGAGCCGUCAAUCAGGAGCCGGCAUCAGUCGAAACUGCCUCCCAACGCGCACACAACGCACACGCAUGCAACACCGCGGCUGUGUGGGGCCCUGCCUUCAAGGACACCCCGUUGAUCGAAUUCAUUCAUCCAUUGCCGCCUCCCCCGUCCGUCCGAGACUUGACGUCGACCUUGCGUCUGCCUGUGCUGCUGUGCCCGAGGAUCAAGCUUGAAGGGGGGAGAUUUCUGUGUCAUUUGUUGGCAGGCCGGACGACCAGACAUCCAGACAGACGACACGACUCGACACGACUCGACUCGACACAACAUCAAACCACCACCACAAUCGACGGCGACGGCGACAGCGACAAGCCCAAGCUCCUCUUCUGCAAACCCCCGACCUCCAUUGUCUUGGCUGCACCUGCUCGACCACUGUAGAACAACGGUCCCCCUCGACUCCGCUCCCGCUGCUGCUGCUGCUGCUACUGUGGGUGAGCUGUCAUUGCUCAACGGGGAUCUGCCCGCCCAGCCGCCGACGAUUUUGACCCUGGGGACACGAAGAAAACGUCCCCGACAAACCAGGACUCGAGCCCUUCCUCAGCCGUGGUCAGCCGUGGUCAGCUCACCUCAGCUCAGGCCCAGGCUCCGCUCCAGCCCGGCCGCACCCUCGCUCUCGAUUGGACCGCUGCCACCAUGAGCCUCUACAACAUGCCCUCCGCGGCUCCACUGCCCGCCUCCAGCCUGACCAGCGAGUCUCCGCUGGCCCUGGCCCCCACCGUCGGCGACCUCUCCUCGCCCGACGUCUUCGGCUCGGGCACCACUAGUGGUAGCGCCGGCAACGGGCCCGCGAAUGGGCACGGUCAUGGCCAUGGGCACGGGCAUGGACCCGGACAACAUGCAAGUGCCAGUGUCAACACCACCGUCAACACCACCGUCAAUGGCAAUGGCAGUGGCAACGAGAAUGGGUCUCCGAAUGGCACCGUGACCCCAACGUCUGCCCACGAUCAGGGCUCCCAGUCUGCGGCAACGGGCCCUGCUGUGCCCGCCGCCUGCCUGGCAUGUCGUAGCAAACAUCUCAAGUGCGAUGGCCAGACUCCCUGUACCCGCUGUGUGGCUUCGCAGUCCGAGUGUGUUUAUGUCGCCUCCCGCCGCGGGUACAAGGGCCCGCGUCGAGGCACCGCUCAGAACCCAAACAAGCGCCACGCCUCCUCGUCCCCCGAUGCCACCGAUGUCACCUCGGCGGCCGGCCCCGACAGCUGCCCCAUGCUGCUCGGGGCCACCGCCCCCGCCAUGACCAGUGCCGCCUUCACGCCGGCUGCAGGUCUUGGCUCCGAUCCGAACUCGCCCUUCCUCACGGCCGCCGCCUCCAUGAACCACCUGCAGGUCUUCAGGACCACCCCCUUCGGCACUCCAAUCGGUGCCAUCCAGCACCACGCCCCCAUCGUGCCGGUCCCCACCAUUGCUGACAAGUGCCUCGACUCCUUCUACUACCACUACUAUGCCUCCCACCCCUUCCUGCUUCCCAGGGAGUACUUCUUCCGCCACAUCCGGGAGUCGGGCCACAAGUUGGACCACCUACAGGCGGCUAUGAGAUACGUUGGCUCACUAUUCAUGGACGUAGGCCCGGCACGCGCCUCGUACCUGGACGAGGCCCUGCGCCUGACUUAUUCGCCCAGCACCCCCAAGGACGGCUUUCUAGUCCAGGCCCUGAUGCUGCUAAUCGUCGCCCUCGACGGGAGCUUGCAGCAGGAUAAGGCGCGGGACCUGCUGACUGACUGCGAGAGGAUCGCCGUUGAGCUGGGAAUGAACACGCGCCAGUUCGCCACGAUCCAUGGCCACGGCAACCCAAUGCUCGAGGAGAGCUGGAGGAGGACAUGGUGGGAUCUGUACGUCAUCGACGGCAUGGUGGCAGGCGUGCACAGGGUCACCAAUUUCCUCCUCUUCGACCUCGCCGCCGACGUGGCGCUCCCAUGCGAGGAGUCGGAGUACCUCCUGGGUACCAUACCCCAGCCACCAAUGCAUAUUGAAGAUUUUGAUGAUCAGGUCUUCUCAGGCGAGGAUCGCCAAUUCUCAUCCUUCGCGUAUCGCGUUGCCGCGAUCCGGAAUAUGGGGCGCAUGAUGCGCUGUGGGCCCAUCCUGUUCCCGGAAGAUGAGAAUCUCGCCAAGAUGGAGGCCCAUCUGACCAACUGGAGGCUGCAUCUGCCGCCGGGAAAGAGAGACCCUGUAGACAAGAAUUGCUUGCAUGACGAGAUGAUGUUCCAGGGACACUUCAUCACUACGGCAUGCACCAUCAUGCUGCACCAGCCACACUCCCAGCUAGACUCGUCCCCGGCGCGUGCUGUCAACUCGUGCGCGCCGUACAGAGCGGUGCCCUCGGGUGAAUCGUACAACAUCCACACACGGCACACGGUGACCGCAGCGGCGGACAUCUCCAAGAUGAUCACGGCGCCGGUGACACUUACCAGCCACACGCACUUCUUUACGUGCGUCAUAACCAUGAGUUCUAUCGUGCAGCUGUCCAAGUGGGCGCUGUACUUCCUGCAGGACGAAGACGACCUGCGGCAGCAGAUCCGCCUGAGCAUCGGGGCGCUGUCCAAGCUGUCGGCCGUGUGGAAGGCGGCCGACAAUGCAGCGAACCAGGUGCGUGGCGUGGCGCGCGAGAUCUACCGCGCCAAGAAGGCCCAGCAGAUCAACCCUGCUUUCUGGGUCGCCUUCACGCAGGAGGAGAUGAUCCAGAGCCUCAAUGCCGACGAGGCGAUCAUCAGCGAGAUCGACUCCAUGCUGUCACAGGUCUCGGGUGCUCCCGUGUCUGUGGCGGGAGUGACUGGAGCGCUGGAACACUGAAGCCCUUCCGGGGGCAUGUUUUCUUUUCAUUCUGGACAGAAGGUGAGUUACUGAGGUCUCGAAUAUUUAUCCUCUACAUGGAAGGGGGAACAGAAGAUAAAACCAAACAACACCUGGACAUUACAGUAGCAUUUCUUAGCGGUCGAUUUUAAAAGGAACAAGAAGGGGCCCUUGGCUAGGGCAUGGGGAUCGGGAUCGGGACAAGGGAACACGGGGACUUGGAAUAAUAUCUCCUUAAUAAGGUACAGUUCGAAAUUUCUUGGAAAGGGUUGGAUGAUUUAACAUCAAACUCGUGUGCCUGAUUAGCAGCUCAGGCGAGCGACAUCAUUCUUCGGGCCCCUCAGCUCGAUGAGAAUUCAUUAUUUCGGACUUUUAUUAUGCUGCGCGACCACCGGAGAUGCGGACUUGGCGAUGUGCUGAAGAUAUGCGAAGCCGUCACAGCAAAAAGUAAAACACCACGCAUACGAAACGGCAUCACGGAAUCUGCAGCGCUGGAGAGGCUCCAGAUGCAACCUCAAAUUGGGCCUAACCGAGUGAUAAUUAAGGUCGGGCAGGGGUGGGAUUCCUUCCGGGAAGUGCAGUUCUCUUGGUCGCCGUCCAGUCGGUUGAGGUCUGGGCCCUGCGCCCCCCGAUUCCCACUGAUGUGGUAAGACGACCGAGCCGCUCGCUCCCGCAACUGCGGGCA